AUGGCCUCUUCAUCACAAAAAAUUCGGGGAAAGGGGGGAAAAUCCCUCAAGGAUGAGGGCGCCGGACACUCUCCCGACGCUUCCGCCGGCCGCAGGACGCGGUCGAGGUGGGAGAGAAGGGAGAGAGCGGCGAAGGGGGCUGAGGGGGAGGCGGCCCGUGGAGGCCGGACGGAAGCGUCUGCGGACCCCUUGGAGGGCCAGGAGCUGGGCCCGGUUCCACCGGAGAGACCGGCCCGGGUGACACCCUGGCUGAGUUAUAUGGGGGACUGCUGGGGGCGCUGUAUGGCUGGCCGGGAGGACGAGUAUUUUUACUCGGCCUUCAGGACGGCCGAGGAGUUGACCGACGCUGACUGGGCGGAGAGGGCGCUAAAAGACCUGGCACCGUACUCCAUCCACAUGGGCGAGACCGAGGAGGACCUCGGGGAGGUGUUCCCGGAGAGGAUAAGGGGGUACCUCCCCGAGGAUGUGGCAGGGGCCAUGGUCGCCGUUUACACACUGUGGAAACGGGGGCAGGCCCUUGCGCUGAGGCUGGAGCGCGCAGAGGGGGACUUCGGGAGGGCGAUGGCGCGACUCGUCCCUCCCGAAAGACGAGAUACGGGGACGAUGACGUCCCCGAGCCCCCUCAGAGAAGUGCGGGAGAGGGCGACCUCUCCUGCGAAGGUGGCCGAGCGGAGAGGGGCGUCCACACAGACGCCCCCCCCGCGAGAGACGCGGGAGAGGCCGACCUCUCCCGCUGGGAUGGGUAGGGGGGUAGCGACGCAAACGCCCCCCCCGUGGGAGAAGUGCGACAGGGCGACCUCCCCCGCAAGGGUGGCGGGGGAGGAGCAGUCCUGCCAGACGGAGGGGGAGGCGGGAGCGAUGCCCCCCCUGUGUGGAGAGGGCAAGUCGGCGGCCCCUCCGGUGUGGCCGAGCGGCCUCAGAGAAGAG